AUGGUUCCUGCUAGCCGACACUCCCUUCUGUCUUUCGUGGGCUUUAUUAUCUCCCGCGGCGUUGCGUCACAGAAGGACAUUUGCCCAACCACAUGCAUGGCUUCUGGCCCUGACCCAGCCAACUGGACAACCGUCGAAGAUUACAGCCAGCUAAAGGCCUGCAAGAAUCCUCUGAUGCUUGAAAUCCCCAUCCCUGUCACUGAUAAACAACUUAUCCGAGUAUGCAAUGUCUGGGCCGACGAUUUCAACUUCGGUCCGGUUGAGACCCCGACCGCAAGCCCGACCGUGGACAUUGCCCCUAUCAUGGCUUGGACCCCAGCCAGGUCCGAGAAAGAAAUUGGAGGACGGCUCGCGAGCCAGGCGGUCGAGAAUCUGCAAAGCUACUUCGUCAACGUCAUAAACCGGUCCACGAAUCGCACAAUUCUCUUCUCUACCGUGUCCGACGUCACCGUCGGCGCCUAUAUCGGAGCCAACUUGCUGAACCCUAGCGUAGCUGGAACCUUCUUUAAUGACUUCCUCGCUGUUCUCUUUGGGCCCGGCAUCGCAGACAACAAAGCUGCCCUCAUCCAGGCAUGCGACGGCCGCAACGACGACCAGAUUUUCGGUCUUAUCGCUGCAUCCAGCCCGAAUCUUACCAUGGCCUAUGAUGCCGUCUCCCUCUGGUCCAGGGGUGAGUGCGUCGACACUACCACGUACCGGGAGACCCUUGAAGUCGACUCCAAGUCUAUCGGCGUAGUCGACCCCAGCAAAACCCCGACUCCUUCGAGCAACCCCGGGGCUAACUCCGACAACUCGACUGGCAGCAACAACGCGACAUCGCCGGCGGUCCGUAUCAUGCUACAGCCAGCUAUUCUAGUACUUGCUGUCUUAUCACAAGUUUAG